UGAAACCGGUUUUCAAAACAGAAAAAUAACUGACACUUGUUCUAGAGAUGCACGAUCAGGUUCGUGCUUUGAAAGACGCCUGGAAGAACAAGUGCAAUGGAACGCGAAUAAAUUCAUCUAGUGUUGCGUUAGUGUAUUGUGAAUAAAAAUGUAUAAACAAUAUGAAGACGAACGCGGGUAUUUGGUAUAUGUUAACCGUUACAGUGGCACUACACAGCAUGAUAACCCAAAUUUAAACCACAUAGUCAGCCAGAUCAACGAGAAGUUUAUUACCUCAAAAUAUACCACCUACCGUUGUGCUUGCAAACUAUUUGCAUUGCAAAAGGCUCUUCAUACAAACCAUAUUCCAUUCCAGACGGUAUGCUCCAUUCUAGAACGUCAUUGUUUAAAUCAGGUCGAUAGUGCUCCAUCAGUCAAACCAGCGCAACUAACAGCAGUGCUACAUGAUAUUUAUUUUGCUGCAGAACACCUUAGUUAUUUCGUUGAUUUAGAUCAGCCACCUGAUCACGAAUCCCUAAUUUCAACUUUGGCGGGUUUGUUUUGGGCGGUUUUUGAUCCAAAACGAUGCAAUCCCAUAUCGGGCUUAGAACUUAAACAAACAUUUCUAAUACUAUGCGAAACGCAAAACAUUGAACAACUCGUAUGGGAGCAUUUUCAGUUGACGAGUGACCACAAUCUGUGUGUAUCGCGGCACAGGUUUGAAGCAAUGUUGAUAAAUUUGGCAAAAAUCCUAGCAUUUUUAGGAGAACCUGAUCAUCUUAUGCCAAGUUUAGUGCAAGAGAUUGUUAACGAAUGCUUUGCCAACUAUCCUGGACUAGUCGGAUUAACAGAGUACCAAUUUUCGUGCCUUUGGAAAUUAUCUUCGAAAUUUUCCUACUAUUCCAAUAUGUUGACUUUGUCCAAACGCUUGAGGGAAUCAGAAUUAGUUGUGCAUAACGUACAGUGCACUGGUUGCCGAGUUAUAAUAAAAGGAUUGCGAUUCAAGUGUCAACGAUGCCGAAAAUUUUCACUCUGUAUAGAGUGUUUUAGCCGUAAAUAUGUUAGUAAAAGUCACUGUGUUGGUCACAAAAUGUAUGAGAUCAGCACAAAUGAAAUUACGACCAACAAAAUUUCUACUCUGGUCAUGAAGAUCUGCAACCUUUUCAACCGUUCAUCGAUGCAACAGUUCAAUACUCAUCAACCAUCCACAUUCGAUAAUAUGGAAGCUAAGUUAAUUGAUAUCAAUGCUGUAGAAUUACAACAAACCGAAUCUACGCCGACAGUGAGCGGUACACUAUCCCAGACGCUAGACUCAAUAAACGGAGCAUCAUUUCUUAAGCCAUCAGUUAGGAAUACAAGCAUUUUGAGCAACAUGGAAUUCUCUAGUUCUCAUAAUCAGUUGCUAAUGGAGAAUCUAGCAUCAAUUCUGAAAGUUCUUGAAAAUGAGAACGUAAAAUAUAGUCUGCAAUUACCCAACCUGAAAGGCAAAACUAUCGACAAUGCUCAACUUGAUUAUUUUCAUAGCUACGGAAAAAUUAUUUCAGAGCAACUGAAUGCAUUGCACGAUAUAUACACAAAGUUAAGUCGAGGUUUUCCUCAAAGCUGUAGCACUCCAUACCGAUCUACUAACAAAAGAAUAUCAUUUGGAAAAGCAUGCACACAGGGUAUGUCAACACAUGGUGCGGAUUUUAAUAAGUCGUCUGAUAAUGAGCAAUUACAAGAUGAAUUAUCUGUGCGAGAUGUAAGCUCAUGGUUCCAUCUAAAUCGUCCUUCUGAGACAAUUAUCAAUCAAAAUACCUAUGGAUAUUGUGCUAAUCGCAGUAAAAGUGCAGUUUCUGAUGAACUGAGUCGAUGUAUAGAUAAUUUGAAAAUUGACACACAAAUGGCAAAUUUCAAAGAUUUACUACUCAAAGUUCGAGAGAUCGUUGAUGAUUCUUACAGUGAUAACACAGAGCUCGCUCGAACCACACAAUUAUUAGAGAAAGCUUUGGACCGCAUCAUUGCAGAAGAAGAAAGAAAACGAAUUGAAGGUGUUUAAAUUUAACCAUACUUCUGUUUUUGACAACUAUUAAAAAGCUGCAUUUACAAAUAAAA